AUGCCGAAAGUCCGCGCUUUGAAUUCCCUCGCUGCGUCUACCCUGCCUCCGGGGCUCGUGGUCAUCUUCGCCAGUGCCACCAGCGGUAUUGCUGAGGCAACGCUGAAGCAAUUUGCAAAGCACACCGUGAGACCGCGCAUCUACUGUAUCGGCGACUUCGAGGAAGCCGCUGACCGCGUAGCUAAAGAUGUGAAGAAGAUUAAUAAUUCCACCAAAGCCACCACCCCGUAA